AUGUGUUCCUGGCGGGCAAACAUUACACGGAAACACAACAAACUGGCAAAGGCUAAUUUCAAUCAAGUUGGGACACUUGAAUACAACACGGAGCCGGGCAUCCCUGUCACUGAGAGGAUGCGCUUCCCGCUGGAGACGCCUAUCAAUAGGUGUAUUCGCAAAUACCUAUUGGCCGCCCGCUGCCUAUGGUAUGGUAGACCAUGUUUGCAUCGGCCAGGCCCACUUGAUCCACAUUUUACAAAUUAUCCCUUGCAUUUGCAGAACGAAACUUAUAGCCCAUGAGUAGAAUCUCGGAUGAUCAUGUUGAGAGGAUACUAGCAGCAGAUUCGGAGCAGCCUUGGGAUUUGGAUGAGACCGUGGGAAAUGGUAAGGGGCCGGAGAUGAGAUAAAGGUAAGAGAGGAGUUGUAGGGAGAAAAGGGGGGGGCUGGAGGGGACCGAAAAGAGGGAAAACCUAACGGGAAACAUUUCCAUUGAAAUGCCAGUUACAGAUGGCUAAGUAACUCUUUCGUAAGAUAGUCGAAUACAGGCAGAGGCGAGGAAUGUCUACGAAAAGUAUAAUCUGGGCGGACAAAAUCGCACAUAUAGAUGGAUCCCAGGGGAAAUCAAGCGACCUGCCGAACGCGAACCCUACGAGUACACGUGGAUGGAAACGAAAUAUCCACAGCUUGCAGCUCGCAGAGAUAUGCGAGCUGGAGAUUGGUGUGAGCCUCGAAAUCACUAUCAAGAAGAAAUUACCGCAGGAGAAUAAGAGGUGUGCCCCUUCCGUGAAUGGGUCCAUUCUCUACCCAUACUAA